AUGGCAAAAGAUAUUGAAGAAUACUUUAUCAAAAGACUUUAAUCUUAUCUUUUAGAAUAUUUAUAGGAUUUCUCAUAAAAUAAUAUGGCUAAAGUAAAGUAACCCAUAUUUUUAGUUUUCUUUGGGUUUUUCGUCUAAUAUUGUGCUAAAGAAUUUGUGCAUUAAAAAAUAAGCAUUACUAAAUUUGAAAUUUCCAUUAUACAUUUUAGAUGGAACAAUAAAUUAGAUCACUCUCAAUGUAAGUUUCAUCAAUUCUAUUUAAAGAUGCCUUUAAAUUACAAAAAGUAACAACCAGAAAUGAUCAUAGAAGGAAUUGAUCUGCUUGUAUGUACAAUUUAAGAGGCCAAUAAAUUUGUACAGAGCAAAGAUCGAUAGACUCAAGAAAUAGACAAUUUGAAGAAACAUAAACUUAAAUUAUGGGAAGAAAAAAUGGCAAAAUAUUUCGAAAAACUAUCUCCUCCUAAUUGGAUAUAAAAAAUAGUAGAUGGAAUUUACAAUAAUUUAACAAUAACAAUUAAGUAGUUUAAUCUUAGAUUUCUCAAUCAUUCAAUAUUUAGCUAUGAAACGAUCUUAAGAAUUAAAUUUGAUGUCUCAAUUAAGGCAACAGACAAAGAGUUUAAAUAAUUAUUCAAUGGAGAUCUUAAUUGCACUUAUAAAUUGAUUGAAAUAAGAAAGCUAAGCAUCUCUUAUAAAAAUGAUCCAUUCACUGUACUUUAAAAAAAUGAUGAAUAAAUGAUCAUUAAUCCUAUAGAUAUUGAAAUCAAAUAUGUCAAAAACAGAAACAAUGAAUAGAUAACUCAACCAAUCUAAAUUUUAUAAAUUUUCAUAAAAUCUCCUAUAAUUAUUCAGUUGAAUAAGGAAUAAAAAGAUUAUUUAAUUAAAUUAAAUGAAGCACUAUCAAAUUAAGAAGUGAUUUAAGAUAAUUUUCAUUUAAGGCCAGCCAAAGAUAUUAAGAAUGCUUAUUCGGAAUGGUGGAAAUAUUUCAUAAAAUCUGUCAUUCUUAAACAGAAGAGUAAAAAAUUAGACUUAAAUUAUUCAUCUAAAAAGCUUGUCUUAAUGAAAAGAUAUAUUGAAUUGUAUAAAAGAAAGCAAACCAUUAUUUUAGUACCUUGGUUGUCAUCAUGGACUAUAAAAGAUGAAACGAAAAUAUCUAAGUGUGAAGAAGAUCUAUCUUUAAAGGACUUAUUAAAAUAUAGGGAAUGGGCAUUUCAAGAAAUUAGAAUAGAGGCCAAAAGAUAUUAUAAUUCAUCUAAAGAUGGUCAAAAUAAUUAAAGUGUUAAACCUUUGUUGGAAAUCUGGACAAAUACUAUCAAUAAUCAAAAUUCAUUCAAAGAUCACACUAAAAGAAAUGAUGAUAUACCUAUUGAAUUAGAAAGUGAUGAAAAAAUUAGUUUAUAUGAGAUUUUAGAAAGAGAUAAAACUAAUGUCUUAUCAAGUUAUUUAAAAGGAGAAAAUAAUCAUCCUGAUUAAAUUAAAAUGUAAUUUACUUUAGACAUACAUUCUAUUUUCAUAUUAUUAUAUGAAUUUAGAACUGGUAAUUAUAUUAAAUAUUCACCUGUUAAUACAAAGAUAUUCUAAUUUUGCCAAUGUAAAUAUCAUAUUAAAUAAUUUAAAAAGGCAGCAUAUUCUAGAAAAAAAUCAAGAAAAUCAUCUAAUAUAAAUACUUUUAAUUAGGUUUAUGAGGAUGCAUAAAAAAUAAGUGAAGAGAAAUCAUUUCACACAAUCAAUUAAAUAGAUAGUUUUUAUGAAGAUAUUGAGGAUUUAAAUGGAGUUGGAUCGCUUAUUUCUUAAUCAUUUAAUAGUUCCGAAAUACUUAGUAGUCCUGAAUCAAAAUAAGCAAAUGAUUAACAAUAUCAUCAAAAAUUUCUUUUAAUGAUUAGUUUUAUUGGUAUUUAAAUUCCUUUAAAUAUCUAUUAAAAUGGAGCAAUAUAUACACCUUCAGUUAAUAAAUCUAAAGAGCUACUAGAUAAAAUUUAUAUUGGAGAUAUCAGAAUCCUAGCUCCAGGUAUGUUAUUAAAAGUUAUGGAUGAAAAGGAUUCCUUAGCAAACAAAUAAUCACCUUUAUUUGCUGACAUUAACUAAUAGAUAUCAUCAUUAAAGUAUCUAGAUUCAUCCUAAUAAUAAUAAUAAUAAUAAUAAUAAUAAUAAUAAUAAUAAUAAUAACAAAAAUAAUAAUAGCAAUAAUAAUAAUAACAAUUACAAAAUUCAAAAAAAGAAAAAUCUCAUAUUCAUUAGAAAAAAUCAUAUAUUAAAUAUUCAGAUUUCUUUAAUGAAAUUUUUGAGAUUUCAAUUACUAAUGACUCAUAACAAUUUUUAAAUAGCGAACUUUGCUAUCAAUUGUUAGGAGAAUUCUUAAAAUAAAAUUAAAUGGCGAAUAUCAAACAAUUUUUAGAUGAAUUUGAAAGAGAUAAAAAUAAUUUCUAAGAUUUCACAGCAGAGUAAUUUAAAAUAUAUGAUAAAUAUUUUGACGAUAGAAAAGAAUAGGAAGAUAUUUGUUUUAUCCACAUAUCCAGAUAAUACUCUGCUGAAAAAAAAAGGGAAUUCAUAAGAAACGCAGCAAUAUUUUCUUUUGAAAAAGACAAACAAAAUAAUUGGGUGUAGUGUGAGAAUAAUGAUAAAAAUCUAUUUAUAACUAAUGCCCACAACAAGAUAGUAGAUAUAAUUAGAAGGGUUUUGUUUAUUCCUUUUAUAGAAGAAUAUGGUGAAAUACUCCUUCCAAUUUGCAUUCAUAAUCUAAAGGACAAAUUGACAUUCCCAAGCAUGUUAUUUACAAAAGAAAAAGAACUUUGCACAUUGCAAAUUUGUCUAUCCUUACAAGGUGUAUAAUCAGAAUAUAGAAUUAUCUCAAAGAGUGAUUAAAAGAAAGGAUUAUAGAAGGAAGGCUUUAUUCCCUCUUAGUAGUUACCAUUUAGUUAAAUAAUAAUCUAAUUGCAACCUUUUUCUACAUUGUUGUCUACAAAAUCUAUCUCUUCUUUAUUGUAUUUUAUGCAAAAUAAAAAAUAAGAUAUAUUUAAGUCUCCAAAAUAUAAAUAAUGUAAAGAAGAUCACAAAUUACUAGAAUGCAUUGUAAAAAGCAAACCUUUAAAUAAAGAGGCCUAAAUAUAGCCUUAAUGGAAGGUCUCUUUAAGGAUGGAUGGAAAAUUAAAAGUAAAAGUAGUUUCUGAAUCUAUUUCUAGUAAAAUUAAAACAGAAUUAAAGUUUCAAAUAAAAAAUCUUCUUUUAAAAACUGUUAAUUUAGAUGACAAAGAAUAUGAAAAUGAUUUCAUAGAGUUUUCUUAACAAAAAAAGGAGACUUUCAUUCUCUAAUAAAAAUAUUAUUUCAUAAAAAAAGUUGUGAUCGAAUAAAUUUUAAUAGCUCAUAAAUAUUUCACUUUAGAUUAUAAAUAUUAUAAUGAAGAGAUGAUCAAUACUGAUAAUAAAUUAUAAACCUCUAAGAAUGGAAAAGAUCAACAUAAUAUUCCUUAAUGUAAUUAAUAAAAUAAAACUUCAAACAUAAAGGGGUCAUAAUAAUCACAUCAAAUUAAACAUUCAGCAACUUUAAAUUAAGGUCAAGUUGAAUCAAACUUGGCAAGUCAAAAUAAUAUAAAGAAUUAAAAAAAAAUAUCUGGAAUUAAAUCUUAAAUUUUGAAAACAUAAUUGAUUUUAUUUCAAUUAUCAUCUUUAAUUAAAAAUCACCCUUUAUUGACAGAUAAGAAACUAUAUAUUCAAAUUCCAUCUUUAAAUUUAUAAAUAAAUGAUUCUCAAAUUUGCUUUAUAGAGUUAUUAAUGAUUUUAAAUAAGUAUAUCGAUAAGGGAAAUAAAAAAUAAUUUUCAGAAGUCAAAUAUAAUUUGAGCAAAGAUAGUUUAAUGAAAGCAGAAUUAUAAUUACUAUUAAAUGAUCAUAAAAAAUAAAAGAAAGAUUGUAAACAUUGUAUUAUCAAAUAUAAGAAGAGUCUUUACCUAAAUAAUAUAAUUUUUGGGAUUAUGCCAAAAAUUAAUGAUGAGAUUAAUAUAUUCUCAUUGCUUGAAUUUGAAAAUCAAUAAAUAACUUAAAGAAAACAAUAAAGAAGGAUGAAUAAUCUAAAUCUCAAAUAAUAAUAAUCAUUUAAGGAUAAGAAAAGACUUGAUGGAAUUUAAAUCUAAUUUAUAAGUACUCCAAAAUCCGAUAAUAGUACAUGUUAUAUUACAAUUUUUGAAAUGCCAUUCUUUAGCAUCACUAAAGACAAAGGAUAUUUUAAAGAUACUAUUGCUAUUCAUUGCUAAAAAACUCCUUAAAAUAGCGAUAUAUCUCAUUAGAGUAGCUUAUAUAAACUAGAUAAGGAACUUGGUUAAUAUCCAUCAUUUGAGAGAAAUAAAUCUCUAAAAGACAUGGGUCAAAAAAUGCCAUAUUAAUCUUUAUCUUAAGAUUAAAUUAAUGAAUAAAACCCUGAUACAACUUAUAUUAUUUUCCAACCAUCACUAUUAGUACAAGAAUCCCAUUUGUUAAGUGAUAAGCUAGAUGAUAAAUUUGUGUUUUAUUGUAGAAGUAAAGAAAUUGAAAUGUUUAAUUAUGAAUUUGUCCAACAUAAUAAUUAAGAUUAAAUGUAAGAUUCUGAUAAUAUAUUUUCUCAUAAUUAUUUUAAGGGUCCAAUUUAUUUACUGUAUUAUUUUCAUAAACCUAUAAGAUCUAAUUUACUUUCUUGUGUAAUAGAAGAUUAUUACAAAGAGAAAAACUCAAAAAUUAAAGUUUUUUUUGCAGUUGAUAAAAUCAAAGCCAUAUUUAGUAAUUAAUUUGCCACUUAUAAUCUUAUCACAAUUAUCAAAAAUAUUUUAACAAUCAAAAAUAUUUAAGAAAAUACUGAUAAUUUAAUUAAUAAAAAUCUUAUGAAGUAAGAACAAGAAACAUUCAAAUUAAAAUUAAAACAAAAUCCAUUAAAACAUCUCGAUGAUUUAAUUGUUUGUGCUGUAAUUUAGAAUAUAUAUUUAAAAUCUAAUGAAACUUUCUUUAAAUUAAGUUAAUUAAAAGCCUUCAAUUAAAUACAUUUAAUUAGUUAAAUAAGAGGAAAUUCUCAUUAAAUUAGAUAAAGUUGUUAUCCUAUUAAUAAUUCAGGGGCAUAAUACUAGAAAAAUAGACAAUCUGUUAACUCUUAUGAGGAUAAUUAAAUAAUAAGAUGUGAUAUUAUUAAAUUUAGUUUUAAUUAGGUGUCAUAAAUAGAUGUGAAAAUAAUUAAUGUAACAAAAUAAAAGGAUGAUCUAUAUUUAUCAGUUAAUGAUAUAUAAAUCAGUAUUAUUGGAAAAUAAAAAGAAAAUCUAUUAAUUAUGCCUGGAAAAGAAACAGGGACUUAAAGAGCUUCUUACGCAUUACAUGUGUAAUUAUCAUUCUAGAAUUCUUAUCCUCUUAUAAAAUUUUAAAUAGAAUAGGCCAAAUUAAUUCUUUCUUAAUAAAAAAUUUAAGAUUUAUUGAUAGCUAUUAAUAGUUUCUAUUUAAUUAAUAUUGAAGAAUCAAUCUCUUUGAAAUAACAUUUAUUACAGUUUAUUUUUUAAUAAGAAUUAUUCGUUAAUGAAUAAAGAGAAAAACCUGUUAGUAUUAACUUAUUUAGUAAAAAUGUUAGCAAUUCUAAAAAAUCCUAAAAAUAUUCUAUUGAAUUAUUAAUAGAUUCAUUAAUAAUUAAAUUAUAAGAAUAAGAAUAAGACUUUUUUUAAUUUUAAUUUCAUCAAAUUUAAUUGAAAAAAAGAAAUCAAGCAAAUUUAGAAUUAUCCUUAUCAUAAGUUGAAGCAAAACCUUAAAAUAUUAAUAAUGAAUAAUAUUUAUAUUAAAAUUUAAUAGAACCUAUAGAUAAUUAAUAACUUUUUGUUUUUAAAUUAGAAAAUAAGGUAUUAUCAAUUAAAAAUGUUAAAUUUUAUCUGAUUUCAAGAUACAUAAAAGAAUUAGAAGCAUUUAAAUAAAGAAUAGAAGAAAUUUUAGAAUAAAACUUAUUUGAAUUGAAAGAUAGGUAUUAGAAGGAUUUUGAUAUAUAACUACAAAUUAAAAAAGAAGAAGAUUUUAUCAAAGAAAAGGAUAAUUUUAAUUAUAAGAUCUCUAUAGAAAAUUCUUAAUUUGUAAUACCUGAUUCAUCAAUUGGUUCAAACCUCAUAAUAGUAACAUUCGAUAAAGCGAAUUUUCAUUUAAAAAAACAAAAAUUACAUUUAAAGAUUCCAGACAUUUAAGAUGAUUCAUUUUUUUAACCAAAUGAUAACCAUUUAUUGAUUGAUUACUAAGAAAAAAGUUAGGGUGAAGGAGAAUUUUAUGUAAUUAAUAUUAAUGGAAAAUUUUUAAAUGUAAAAGUAAAUUAUCAGUUUUAAGAUGUUCUAGGAAGUGGAUUGCUUUUAUUUGCAGGUAACACAUAAUUGUAAAUUUAUAGAUACAAUUUAACCAGUUAUUGAUCUCCCUAGUUUUGAUUAAAGUUGUGGAUAAAUUCCAUGGAAAUUUAAAGAUACUUGCAAAUUAAUUGUUUAUAAUUUAAAAAUGUCCAUUGAUUUUGGCAAAUUGCUUAAGUUUUAAAGUUUUCUACUUAAGAAUUUAGAAGAACCAUCUCCUUUGUUUAAUUAUACUAAAACUUCAUUACAAAAAGUUAAUCUUGAAGUAAAGUUAUUUUUCAUAUUAGAUAAAAUUAGUAGAAAGUUUAUUUUAGUAUUUUAGAUAUAGUUAAGGAGAACCUGAAAAGCUUAUUUAAAUUAAGGAAAAGGCAAAGGUAUAUAAAUAGAAACCAAGAUUAAGUAAAAAUUUUACAACAUAAUAAUCAUCAUAGCGAGAGUUAAUUUCAUGA